GUAAGGCCGUUAAAAUAAAUUUAGAUUAAGUUAUUUAAUACUUUAAAUCAUUCAAAUUCAAGUGAAAAAUACCAAUUGAUUAUUUUAAUAAAGUGUACAGUCAGGUAAAAAAAUAAUCGGCAAAAAAUGUUCUCUUAUAUUGUCUUUUAAAAUUUCGGAAACAAAAAAUGCCAUACUGAAAUAAAAAUAGCCAUUUGCUGAUUACAUUUUUAUCAGGUUUCUGAAAAACAAAAAAGUGAAUAAAUCAUUCCAAAUUUAGACGCUCAAGAUGAAUUUUUGUGAUCAAACUUUUGAAACCCUCUUGAUAAUAAUUUUUUUCAAGGAAAAUUUCGUUUUUACUCGAAAUCUCAAACCUGAACUGCAAUUAGUCAACAUCGUAUUUAGGCAUGCAGAUCGGACCCCAGAAAAAUCGCUCAACGAAAUGUAUCCUAACGAUCCAAAUAUUAACAAUAAAUUUUACCCGAUGGGAGAUGGAGGACUGACUAAUAGAGGGAAACUUAGAGCAUACUCACUUGGAGUAAUUCUUCGCGAAAGAUACGAUGAAUUCCUUGGAAGCACGUAUUUUCCUGACGAUGUUUUAGCAAGAAGUACAGAUUUCGAUAGAACAAAAAUGACUUUGCAGUUAGUCUUGGCUGGAUUAUAUCCUCCAGACUCAAUUCAAAAAUGGCACCCAAAACUUAAUUGGCAGCCAAUUUCAACAACUGUAGGAAAUAUAGAAAAUGAUUCACUGUUGAUGCCAACCGGUUGUCCUAAUUUCAAAGCAGAGCAAGGAAAAGUCUUCAAACUCGCAGAAGUAGCGGAAAAAUCAACACAAUAUAACGAACUGUGGAAAAAAUUAACAUAUCUCACUGGAGAGAAAAUAGACAGUUUUAAACAUGCUCUUCGCCUCUACAAUACUCUUGUUGAAGAAAAAGCAAUGAAACUUCCGAUUCCAGAAUGGGCCGAAGAAUUAUUGGCCAGUGGCGAAUUAGCGAAAGCAGCUUCUGUUCAAAUUGAAUUAAAAAAUUACAAUACGAUUUUAAAAAAGUUAAAUGGAGGUAUUUUAUUGAAGAAAAUGUCUGAUGACAUGAUUGCAAAAAAGAAUGGUUCACUGAAAAAAGGCAAGAAAAUCGAGCUUUAUAGCGCACAUGAUAUUAAUGUUGCUGGUCAGAUUCUUGCUCUUGGUAUAGAUGAGCCGCAUCAACCAUAUUUUACGAGUGCAGUGAUAUUAGAAUUGUAUCGUAUUGAUAAGGAUUUUUACGUACAGGUUUUAUAUUACAAGGGCGACUCAUCGAAGCUAGAAAUCAAACAAAUACCAGGUUGUUUAGCCUGUUGCCCACUUGAUAAGUACGUCGAUCUUCUUAAGGACGUGACACCAUCUGGUGAUGAAUUAAAUUGUUCCUCAACUAUGUAAAAGUAUAUUUUUGUUUUUAUUUCUUUUUAUGUUUGAAAAUUGGAAAGUCAGUCACAAGUUUUUAAAUUUAAUGAAAAUAUACAUUGAAUUUUAUC